AUGGCAGGUCCUCGAGAGGAGCCCCAGCGGAUAAGGCAAGUCGUGUCUCUUCUCAUUUUUCUCUUGGGGUCGGGGUCGGGCUCAGAUUCGGUCCGGUAUUCGGUAGCGGAGGAAAUGGAGAAAGGCUCCUUUGUGGCAAAUGUGGCUAAGGACCUGGGGCUGGAUGUCAGGGCUCUGUCCGUCCGGGAGGCUCGGAUCGUCUCUGACAGCCACAAGCAGCCAUUUCGCCUUCAGCGCAAGACCGGGGAUCUUUUUGUCAAAGAGAAACUGGACCGGGAGGAACUGUGCGGGAAAAUUGACCCAUGCGUGCUGCGCUUUGAAAUAGUCCUGGGAGACCCGCUGCAGUCCUACCGAGCGGAGGUCCGGGUUUUUGACAUCAAUGACCACGCCCCGGUAUUUUCGAAGGGUGAAGCGGAACUGAGGAUUCCCGAAAGUACCCCUUUGGGGUCUCGCUUCCCUCUGCAGAGCGCCCAGGAUUUAGAUGUGGGACUCAACGGCCUUCAGAACUACACCCUGAACGCUAACCAUUACUUCCACCUGCACACCCGCUUCCGGAGCCAUGGCCCCAAAUACGCCGAGCUGGUUCUCGAUCAUCCGCUGGACCGAGAGGACCAGCCCGAAGUCACCUUGACCAUCACGGCCCUUGACGGCGGCUCUCCCGCCAAAUCCGGGACGGCCCAGAUCCGCAUCGUCGUUCUCGACGUAAAUGACAACGUCCCCCAGUUCUCUCGACAGAUUUAUCGCGUUCAGAUUUUGGAGAGCAGCCCCGCCGGCUCUUCCGUGGCCAUAGUAUCGGCCACGGACUUGGACGCGGGCGUUAAUGGGGAGAUCACGUACUCUUUGACUGAAAACCCAGAAGGUGUUAUGAGAACGUUUCAGAUCGACCCAGCCACUGGGGAGGUUCAGCUCCGAGGGCCUCUUGAUUUCGAAGCCGUCGAGAAUUACGAUAUUGAUGUUCAAGCCACAGACGGUGGGGGGCUAUCUGCACACAGCAAAGUCCUGGUCGAAGUGGUGGACGUGAACGACAACGCCCCGGACGUGACGGUCACCUCCGUCUAUAGCCCGAUUCCCGAGGACUCCUCGAGGGAGACCGUGGUGGCCCUUUUCAGUGUACGAGACCGGGACUCCCGUGUCGGGAAUAAAAUCCGUUGCUUCAUCCAAGAUAGUCUUCCAUUUAUGAUCAAACCAACUUUCAGGAAUUCCUAUUCUCUCGUGACAGGCAGCUCCCUAGAUCGAGAGACAUUUCCGAGCUAUAAUAUAACUAUUGUCGCAAUAGAUUCGGGGACUCCCAACCUAUCUUCCGAAACCGUCAUCGCCGUGCUGAUAUCUGACGUCAAUGACAACGCUCCGGUUUUUACUGAGCCCUCAUACACGCUGUCCGUUCGAGAGAAUAACAGCCCCGCUAUGUACAUUGGGAAAGUCAGUGCCGAAGACCUAGAUUCGGAUGAUAACGCUGAUGUGAAGUAUUCCCUACUGCCCCCGUCCAGUGGCGACUUAUCUGUGUUUUCCUACAUCUCCAUCAACUCGGACAACGGGAAACUAUACGCUUUGAGAUCCAUGGACUACGAAGCUAUCCAAGAGUUCCAGUUUAUCGUGAGGGCGACGGACGGCGGCUCCUUGUCCUUGAGCAGUCAAGCGACCGUCCGAGUGGUCAUUCUGGAUGACAACGACAACUGCCCGAUGGUCUUAUACCCGCUGCAAAACGGUACCUCCCGCUCCAAUGACCUAAUCCCUAGGUGGGCGGAGGCCGGCUACCUGGUGACCAAGGUGGUGGCGGUGGACGCCGACUCGGCCCAGAACUCUUGGCUUUCUUACAAACUGCUCAAGGCGACGGAUCCUAACCUGUUCUCCGUGGAGCGACAGAAUGGUGAGAUUCGAACCCUGCGGCCGAUAUCCGAGAGAGACCCCUCGAAGCAGAAAAUAAUUAUCUUGGUUCAGGACCACGGCCAGCCUCCCCUUUCCACCACGGCCACACUGAGUCUUCUCCUGGUUGAUGGUUUUUCGCAACCUUAUUUGCAGUUGAGUGACCAGUCAAAGGGCCAGAGAAGGGUGAACCCAUCCACGAAAUAUUUGGUUAUUUCUCUGACGGGGCUUUCAUUUGCCUUUCUGCUUUCCGUAACUGUGAUCUUCAUUAUCCACAUCUACCAAAAGGUCAGGCACAGAGAGAAGCACUUGGCUGAUUCCGACCAACUCUACGAUGACUGCCAUUUCCCUAGUGACUUCCCCAGAGGGACCAUUCCCCAGUCUGGUCCCUAUCAGGCUUCCUUAGCUAACGGAACCGCCUCCAGUGAGUUCCGCUUUCUCAAGCGCUUCAUGCCCAAUUUCCCCUUGUCGCCCGGCGGGGUCCCGAGAAAGGCAGGAGCGAUUUCCCGCUUGUCCCCCAACGCGGAUGGGAGCAGCCAGCCCGAGUUGUCUGAUUAAUCUAUGUAUUCAGCGCCUCCAGACACCCGAACGUCGAUAUGUGGUUUAAUGUUGAAUUCGCCAUUGAUUUUCCUCUCGGUACUAGUUUCAUCUACCCCACUUUUAGAAGGGAUUUAGGAAUAGUUUUGUUAUUUUCAGUGAGGGAAGGUUCAGGAUACCAACGCAGUUAUUUCUGAACUCAGGGCCUCGCCCCCAAAUAAAAUCCCCCAAUUCCUUCGGCUACUGCACCCACGGCUUCUCCCUUCUUUUCAGGUUAAGAUAGGUGCUAUUCAAUCCUUUCCCCUCCUCCCUUUUCAAUCGGUAGUUUUUAUUAAGCACUAACAGAGUGGAAAGUCCUGGUCCACUUGGGUGGGUACAACAGAAGUAAGCCAUCCAUUACCAGCCUCAAGGAGUUUACCAUCUAAUGACAGAUCCAAAUUAUUUAUAAUAGUGAAAGCAAGAGGAAGAAAAAAGGUUAGCAGGAAGGAGUUUCAAGCUGGCAGUGAGUGAUAAAGUGGGAAUUUCACUUUCCAGUGAAUUGCUCACGUAUUAUUUUCACUUCAGUGGAAUAUAAUCGAAAGACAUAUAUGCUGCUUUAGUGUGUCUAAGGGCUUCCCCCCAGCCCUCUAAGCAUGAUAUAAUAACCAGAAAAGUUAGGGGAGAUAGCUGAAAUAGGAAUGUGAAGUCAUUCCCCAGGAUAGGAGCGUCUCUCUUUCGUGCCUGGACUUAAUUGUGGGAACAUUCGUGAAUCCGGAUACAUCAGUUUACACAUGCCAGGGCUUUCUCCUGUCUUUGAUAGUUCUGGUUCCCUUUCUCCUUUCUUCGCUGUGAGGCGAGGAGCCCCUGUAGGGAAUUGGAAGCUCCCGGGAUGCAGAAUCUGCACCCCCCCAACCCCCAAGGGAAAAGCCAGACCUUGGAUCAUCUCCGAAGAUCUUCAAUCUAUUCUCUCACCAGGAUCCAAACUCUGAGCUCCAGUCAAGGGUUGAAGGGAAGAAACGGGACAGGAGGGAGCCUCCAGUACUUACCACGUCAGCCCGGCGAGAUGGUCAGAUGGCACGGCCGCUCUCAACUAGAAGCUCCCUAGUGCAAGCCUGAACAGGGGUGGCAGCAGCAGGGACAUUUUGAGAAGUCCGGCAGACCUCUGCUCCCAAAACUCCCUUCCUCGGAGACUGCUCUCUUGAGUGUCAGGAAGAAGUAGGUUGGGUCCAGCAGCGGGAAAUAACGUAGGAGCAGGGAAAGUUUUCCCGAAGACAAGGCAAGGGCAAGGAAAAUGGAAGUGUAACGACAUGUGAGGAAGGAGCAGUAAUUGCAUUUAUUGAGAACCCGCUGGGCGUAAUGCACUAUUCUAAGGGCUCAGAAAGUCCAAAAUAAAGCAGUGAAUCAUUGCCCAAGAAGGGUUUACACUGUAAUGGUGCCUUUCAAAUUAAUUUCAACCCAGUUCCAAAGUCAAAAUUGUAAUCAUUUAAGGAUUUUAGCAAUAUUUACUAAUAUUAAUGACUAUUUGUGAGAGAUAUCAAAUAGCUAUAAAUGCUAUAUAUUUAAUAUAUGUACUAGAUAGUAUAGAAUUGUUUAAUAUGAUGAACAUGCUUUAUAUUUAUAGUUGACAUGCUAUAUUUGUAAAAGAUAUGCUAUAUUUCAUAGACAUGCUAUAUAUUUAUAGUAGACAUGCCGUAUUUAUUAAA